AUGGCAAUACCACUCAAGGGAAUCAUGAGGCAACACUGUGCUCUCAAACAUGGAAUACUCAAGGAAUUCCUGGCAGAAUUCCUGGGGACGUUUGUCUUGGUCUUGUUCGGCUGUGGCUCAGUCGCUCAGACCGUCCUCAGUCGAAACACCCUGGGCGAACCUCUCACCGUCCACAUCGGCUUCUCUGUGGGACUGAUGAUGGCAGCGUAUGUUUCCGGUGGAGUGUCAGGGGGCCACGUCAACCCUGCUGUCUCUCUGGCCAUGGUGAUUCUGGGCAAACUGAAGAUUUGGAAAUUUCCCUUCUACGUCAUCGCUCAGUUUCUCGGUGCCUUUGCCGGAGCUGCUGCAGUCUUUGGAUUAUACUACGAUGCUUUCAUGGACUUCACCAGCGGGAUUCUGUCAGUGACUGGAAUCAAUGCAACAGGCCACAUCUUUGCUUCCUACCCAGCGAGACACCUGUCAGUCCUCGGCGGCUUCAUCGACCAGGUGGUUGGGACAGGGAUGCUGGUUUUGUGUAUCCUUGCCAUCAUCGAUGAUGGGAACAUCGGAGCUCCGAAAGGCGUGGAGCCGCUGGCCAUCGGACUCGUCAUCAUGGCCAUCGGAGUGUCCAUGGGACUGAACUGCGGAUACCCCCUGAACCCUGCCAGAGACCUGGGACCCCGGCUGUUCACGGCCAUUGCUGGAUGGGGGAUGGAGGUUUUUAGCACUGCAAACUACUGGUGGUGGAUCCCUGUGGCGGGGCCCAUGGUCGGGGGAGUGGUCGCGGCCCUCAUCUACUACCUGCUCAUCGAGCUGCACCACCCCCGCGAAGAGCCCGAGAAGCCCCACCAGGUGGAGGAGGAGGAGGAGGAGGAAGACGAGGAGGACGACGACAACAGUCUGAAGGACAAAUAUGAGAUGAUCACCAUGAGCUAA